GAUGACGUCAGGCUCAUGGCCGGCCUGGAGUGAAACACAAAAUUGAAACACUUCCCUCUAGCGUUUACUCACCUUCCUGAGUCUGGAUCCGCCGCGAGCUGGGACAAAUCUUGGUUAGCGUGAUUAGAAUCAUUUUCCGCCCAUUUUCUAGGAAAGGAAGGCCCCUUGCUGCGGGAAGGAAACGCUUAGAUACGCCUAAAUUUGUGACUGCCGUCUCAAGUACCCCUGAGCGAGCGAGCUGGUCGUGUGACUCGAGUUCCUGAGCCGAGGAAAGAAAUUUUCACUGCGGUAUCCUCCUCGUUGUAGAGCCGUGUCGAGGGAUUUCAGUGAAGUCGUGGUUCGUUCUGCUUUGUGCUUGCCGAAGUCACCAGCCGCUGUUCCAGAUGAACGGGUUAUCGCUCGGAGAGCUGUGCUGCCUGUUCUGCUGCCCGCCAUGCCCGGCCAGGAUCGCCGCCAAGCUCGCUUUCCUUCCUCCCGAGCCCACCUAUGCCUUUGUCCCUGACGACUCUGGCCAGCGUUUCUCUCUGCACCUAUCGGAGAGGGCAGAAUGGCAAUAUACGCAACGAGAACUGGACUGUAUCGAAGUCUUCAUGACACGUACAAACCGGGGUAAUCGCAUUGCCUGCAUGUUUGUGCGCUGUUCGCCGUCUGCACGGUACACCCUCCUGUUUUCACAUGGUAACGCCGUCGACUUGGGCCAAAUGUCGUCAUUCUACAUUGGCUUGGGAACCAGAAUAAACUGUAACGUCUUCAGUUUCGACUACUCAGGCUAUGGUGUAUCAACGGGGAAGCCAAGCGAAAAGAACCUGUAUGCAGAUAUCGAUGCUGCUUGGCACUCGCUUCGAACGAGAUACGGCAUAUCACCAGAACACAUCAUUUUGUAUGGACAGUCAAUAGGUACUGUCCCCACGAUAGACCUGGCCUCGCGGUACGAGUGUGGCGCAGUCAUCCUGCAUUCUCCGCUGAUGUCCGGCAUGAGGGUGGCAUUUCCCGACACCAAGAGGACCUGGUGCUUCGAUGCCUUUCCUAGCAUUGACAAGAUCUCCAAGGUGACAUCGCCAGUUCUCGUCAUCCAUGGCACGGAAGACGAGGUCAUCGACUUCUCCCACGGCCUGGCGAUCUACGAGCGCUGUCCGCGUGCGGUGGAGCCCCCUGUGGUGGAGGGGGCGGGCCACAACGACGUGGAACUGUACGGGCAGUACCUGGAGAGGUUGAAACAGUUCGUGUCGACAGAGCUGACGCAGCCCUGACCAGCAGGACCCUGCCACUCUGUAACAUGGCAUUGUAGUGUGUAGAACCUACAAGUUAUACAUAUUCCAUGUCAAAUGGUGUAUAUAUGCAUCAACAGAAGAGGUACCAAAUUUGGAGUAGUCAGCUGUGUUUGUAAACUAACAAGUGCACCUCUCUCACGACGACUGACACCCCACAACCUGGUUGUAGUUUUUCAUUUCUUAAUCAUAAUCUGAGCACUGUUAGUGUGUGACCCCUUUCUAUGUGUUGACAAACAAAUUUCCCAUGCACCAUGUCUUGUAAAUCAACAACAGUCAUGUAGGAUUUAAAAAGAAGAUGGGAUAAGUUCUAACUUCUUUGAAGUGGAAUAAUGGGUUCAAAGUGGACAGUAUUUAUUGGUUAUGUCUGCCAGUAGAAAUUUUCAUCAGAUCCCAUUGUAUGCUAGGAGAUGCAUGGUGCUGUGGGUUAUAAAAUUAAUGCGUACUGUGUGCCGUCUGGUCAUGUCAUUGUGAUAACUAUUUUGUUUCCCUGCUGUUCUACAUAGUGUCCUGCAUCUCUCAGUGAGCAAUGCGAUUCACAAAAGGUGUAUGUGUUGCUGAGGAGAGAGUUUGGUGCUUACAAACUAACUGGAUUGGGAUGCUCAAGGAAACAAUUGGCUUGUUGAAGGUGUUUGUAUGUAUAUGGGGAGUUGGGUUUUGUAAUUAGCAUGGGAGGUUGGUUUCCCUUUUGGGUGUAGGGUACACUGUAUUACUAACAGGGCAUGGCAACCAUUCAACAGAAUGCCCAUGAGGUGUUGCCAAAAAGAGUUUGUCUGGGAUAUUUCACACUUAUGAAGGGGAUAACAUUGAGACACAGGAAUGUGAUCCAGCACUUGAACAGAAGUGAAAGAAAAAGAAAAGAAUAUUGUCAGUUGUAGAAAAUUGUGUAUGAAAAAAAAUUGUAUAUGAAAUCCAGAAACAGAAAAAUCAAGACUGGACAACCCUGUAGUAAGCUUGCUUCAACUUAUUUAGCCGUCUUGUAUAAAUUCCGGUUUUUACUUACCAUGGAGGCCUCAGAUCUCAUAGGUCCGUAGUAUAAAUGUGCAAACCCAUGCUGCCCAUUUUGGUCACAUAUGAUCAAGACUAAAACACAAGCUAGCAAAUGUAGAAGUGAGCUGGCCAAGUUGAGGCCAUACAUGUUUAUCUGUAUACGAGGUCCAACUGUACAGAAGUAUCUCAUUUCUUUGACCAGCUAUUUGUCGUGUAUGUGUCUGUGUUCCUGUCAACAUGUGUGUGCCGACAUGCAAAUUUAACAAGAGAUUAUUUUGGUAACUAAAAGGCCUGUCUGCUUGGGCAGAAUCUUUGGUGAAAGAGAGUUUGAGAAAAACA